AUGGCUAAUGUGUAUUCCUUGGAUGGGCUCUUGGUCUUUGGCUUGCUCUUCAUUUGCACCUGUGCCUAUUUCCGGAAGGUGCCUUGCCUGAAAACCUGGCUUCUCUCAGAGAAGAGGGGCGUAUGGGGUGUAUUUUACAAGGCGGCAGUCAUUGGUACCAAACUUCAUUCAGCAGUGGCAAUAUCCUAUAUUGUCAUGGCUUUUUAUGUCCUCUUUGUAAAAUGA